GGAGCGGGUUGGGUUCUGUGCGCAGGCGCUCGCUCCUCAGGGUCUCGGCCUGGUGGGACGCGGUCGCGCGCGGGGCAGCGGGUGAGCCUCUGAGGCUGUGGGGAGGGCACGCGCGGAGCGCGGGAUGUCAGCCUUCCCUAGCGGGGCGGUGGGUCCCGCGUAGGGUCGCAGGAGGCCCGGCGCGUGCGGAGGGGCUCUCGCGGUGGGGGUCUCAGUCCGCGCCGCUGCGGAGGCGACGCGCUCCAAGUCCGCACGCUCGGAGCCGGCGGCCAGCAGCUGCGGAUUCCGGCCCGCGGCGGGCAGGUGUCUGGAACUGUAUUCUUAAACACAUCUGGGGCCCCCGGGAAAGUUCCAGCCAAAGUGAGUUUGCGCCCUGGACCCUGCUGGAACAAAGCAAUUACUGCGAUGAGGAGGGGGCUUCAGGGACAGGUUUGCUCUUUGAAGAACAGGUUUCUGAGCUCUUCGAGGAAUAUCAGAAAAUGAACAAAUUUCAGAUUGACCAGGAAGGUGCCGUCCAGGGAUCUGUGUCAUUCGAUGAUGUGACUGUGAAUUUCAGCCCGGACGAGUGGCUAUGCCUGAGCAGUACUCAGAGGAUCCUGUACCGGGAUGUGACACUGGAGAACUACAGCCACCUGGUCUUCGUGGGAUAUUGUCUCACCAAACCAGACGUGAUCCUCAGGUUGGAGCAAGGAGAAGAUCCAUGGACAUUAGAGGGAGAGCAUCCAGGCCAGGCUCAUCCAAAAGCCCAGAAGCUAAGUGAUCUGGUAAAGAAAAGCCAGGAAAACCCAGACGAACACUUGUGCUGUUUGUCCCUCCUACACGACAACACACUGAGUAAGAAGAGAGAGAACAUUUGUGGAAACACACUUAAUCAGGACACAAACCCUGUUUCUUCAGGAAAAACACCCUGUGAAAAUGACUCACGUGGAGUGAGUGUGAAAUGUAUUUCAGAAUCGAGUGUUACUGAUAAAAAUGAUUCAAGUAGGAACUCCAGUGCACUCACUGAACAUGGGAAGUUGCCUCUUGACUGUGAGCAAGAAAACAAUCAGACUGAGCAGAAGUCUGAUGCGUGUAACCACGGUGAGGAAUCUCUGGGUGGUAAUGAGGGUCUUACUGAGCAACAGGAAGUUCAAGCUGUGGGACCACCUUUGGAAGAUAAUGAUGGUGGAGAAGCCGUCCCUGAGCAGGCAGCCACCACCUCACCCCAGACGACAGAGGCAGGAGAGAAGCCCUGUGACCACAAGGAACCCACAGGAAGUACCGGUGCCAUGUCAGUCCCUGACAUCCCUCAAGAAUGUCAGACGAGGACAGAUUGCUCUGAAGUUAAUGGGUGUGAGAAGUCAGUGGUUUGUGAGGACCAGCAAGUUAACAUGGAGGAGAAAACCCAGGAAGCCAGUGAAAAUGAGGGUGGCAGCAAGGAGCCCCGUCUCACUCAAGCUCCUGGAACUGGCACAGGGGAGAACACCUUUGAAUGCAGUCGUUGCAAGAAAUCUUUUCGCCAGGAGUCCCAACUUACUAACCACCAGAGGACCCAUACACAAGAGAAACCUCGUAAAAGUAGUAAACGUGGGAAAACCUUCCAGAAAUCACAGCUCACUGACUCGAAGAGAACUAACCGAAGACAGAAACGCCGUGAACAUAAGGCACGUGGAAAAGCCCCUGUGAAGUCCCCUCUCGGGGACCAGCAGGGGACACAGCCAGGAAAGAAGCUGUAUGUAUGUGAUGACUGUGGGAAACCUUUCCGCUAUCGCUCAGCCCUCAAAGUCCAUCAGCGGAUCCAUACGGGAGAGAAGCCCUAUAAGUGCCAUGAGUGUGGGAAGUCCUUCUAUGCCAAGUCUAACUUCACUCAUCAUCAAAGAAUCCACACAGGAGAGAAGCCCUUUGAAUGUCAGGAAUGUGGGAAGUCCUUCUCUGUGAAGUCAAACCUCACCAAACACCAGAAGACACACACGGGGGAGAAGCCUUUCAAGUGUAGCGAAUGCGAGAAAACCUUCUUCCAGAAGUCACAAUUUGCUGACCAUCAGAGAACCCACACAGGGGAAAAACCCUACACAUGUACUGAGUGUGGGAAAUCUUUUUACUAUAAGUCAGCCCUACAUGUCCAUCAGGGGAAGCACAGAGAAGAGAAGCCUUACAAAUGUACUGAGUGUGAGAAAUCCUUCUGCUAUAAGUCAGCCCUGAUUAUACAUCAGGUAACUCACACAGGGAAGAAACCCUACGACUGUAAUGAGUGUGGGAAAACCUUUUGUGUGAAGUCAAAUCUCACUAAACACCAGAAAAUUCACACAGGAGAGAAACCCUAUACAUGUAACGAGUGUGGCAAAUCUUUCUCUAUGAAUUCAAUCCUUGUUGUACACCAUCGGACCCACACAGGGGAGAAACCUUACAAAUGCAAUGAGUGUGAGAAAUCCUUUUACAAAAAGUCAGCUCUUACUAAACAUCAGAGAACUCACAGCGGGGAGAAACCACAUGAAUGUUCUGAAUGUGGGAAGUCUUUUCAUAUGAAAUCCACCCUCAUUAUACACCAGAGAACUCACACUGGAGAGAAACCUUACAAAUGUAAUGAAUGUGAAAAGUCAUUCUAUGUGAAGUCUCAUCUUAAUAUCCAUCAGAGGAAUCACACAGGAAAGAAACCCCAUGUAUGUGGUGAAUGUGGGAAAGCCUUUACCAUGAAGUCAAACCUCACUGAUCAUCAGAGGACGCACUCAGAGGAGAGACCUUACAAAUGUAAUGAGUGUCAGAAAGCCUUUCGCCACAAGUCAACCCUAACUGUACAUAAGAGAACUCACACAGGGGAGAAACCUUACAAAUGUAAUGACUGUGGGAAAUCCUUCUAUAUGAAGUCAGCCCUCAGUCAACAUCAGAGAAUACACACAGGCGAGAAGCCCUAUGAUUGUAAACAGUGUGGGAAAGCCUUCUUCCAGAAGUCACACCUCACUAAACACCAUCGGACACACACAGGAGAGAAGCCCUAUGAAUGUAAGGAAUGUGGGAAAACCUUCUUCCAGAAGUCACACCUCAUUGAACACCAGCGAACACACACUGGGGAGAAACCCCAUGAGUGUAAUGAAUGUGGGAAAUCCUUCUGCUACAAGUCAGCCUUAACCAUACAUCAGAGAAUUCACUCGGAUGAGAAACCCUACAAAUGUAGUGAAUGUGACAAGUCUUUUUGUAUGAAAUCACACCUCACUGUACAUCAGAGAACUCACUCAGGGAAACACCCCUUUGAAUGUUAUGAAUGUGGAAAGGCUUUUUAUGUGAAGUCAAACCUCAUCAACCACCAGCGGACUCACACCAGGGAGAAGCCUUAUAUAUGUAGUACAUGUGGGAAAUCCUUUGGUAUGAAAUCGGCCCUCACAGUUCAUCAACAGGGACACACAGGGGAGAAGCCCUAUGCAUGUAAUAAAUGUGGGAAAGCCUUCUGCAAGAAGGCAGCUCUCACUAGUCAUCAGGUGAUUCACAGGAGAAUGACACCCUGAAUUUUAAUAAAUGUAUCGCUUCCUCCUGUGUGGAGUCAGACUUUGUUGCACCAGGAGGACUUGCAGGAGGUGACGUGAAUGUAAUCAUGUGGCAGCCCUCGUGUAACUUCAGUCUUCAGCACAAGGGAGACGGGCUAGAUGACUCUCUACAAAAUGAAUAUGGGAAGACUUUGUGUCAUGUCUUAACUAAAUGUCAGAGGACUCAAAUGGGAGAGCGCCCUGAGACAUCCUGUGUACAUUAGUAUCCACCAACAUAUCAAGUGCACAUUGCAGAGAAGGCACGGGGAAAAGUGAACAGUGAAAGUGUAAAGCCAUUUAUGGUCACAGCUUACUGCACAUCAGGUAACUGAUAUGGGUGUGAAAUUGUGUGGGCAUUUCGUAUGCACAUAAGCUCCAAAGUAAUCAAACUAAAUUGAAAAAGUAAAUAGAAAAAACACUAAGGGAACAUUAUUAAUUUAGGUGAUGGGUACUCCUGAUGCUUCUGGAAAUGUAAUGCUGAAGUCAUGUUUCAGACUUGAUUCCAAAUUUUGAAAAUAUGAUGAAAGAUGUGUCUAAUCUUUGGAUGAUAAAGGUUUUUGAAAAACACAAGUUGCUGCAGCAAGCAGCAGUUAUUUGAAGAGGACCUGAGGUGAGUAGGGCUUCUGAAUGUGAGUAGGUAGCAUGCUUAUGUUGUGUACCUUUGGUUUUCAUGGUGAAACUCAGUGCCGUUGCCAGUGAAAAAUGUUGCCCCACAGCUUAAUAACCGUUAGGACAGACUUCCCACACUGAUGCCACCAAUGCUUCUUUGUAGCUUAACAGUGCAAUAUGCAUUGAGUGACAUUUGAAAAAUUUGAGUACUGUACCACAGCAUAUUAUUAUACUGAGGAAAGCAAAAUAUAAAAAACUAUAUGUAGCAUGUUAUCUUUUAUGUAAGAGUUGAGGGGACAUGUGUAUGUAUAUACGUAUACCUUUUUAUGAAGUUUUGACUUUUGAAAAUGAUUAUUUAUAUAUGCAAGAGGAAAUAAAAGCAGGUUUUAAAAUUGAAAAUGAAGAGAAUACUCAAGGUUAUUUCACAUGGGUAAAUCAACCACACAGAAAUUAUCAGAGACUUUUGAACACAGUAUCAUAACUAUACAUCCUUAGUUGGAACAUUUUUCAGGAACAAGAAGGGUCAAAGAAAAUGAUAAUGUCACUCAUUAAUUUCCAUGGUAGUAAUAUUGAUGCUAUUUUUAACCUAU